CGCGCUUCCAACGUUCAGCACAACAGAGCCAUCGUUCGCUCUCACCUCCAAUUAAUAUCCGCGCCUGCGAGGACAGCGCGUCGUUUCGCCUCUUUGGGUUUGUUUUGCUUUGCUUUAUUUUGAUGCGACGAGUUUGGGUACCCUGCCGUGCCCUCUGCGUAUGGAUCGUCUCCUUCAGAGUAGGCGAACAAAGCGCAUCAAGCCUCUCCAGAGAACCGCAUCCCCCUCCACAACAAAUUCAAGGAUUUUCCUCUGUAAGUACUCAGGAUAACCAUUUGGUAUCUUCGCUUGUUUUUCCUGUCGUUAGGUUGCCUUGUGCGUAAUUGACUGGGAGAGAAGAAGCCGCUAACGAUGGAUACGCUCCUCCGUAGCCCGAUGGAUAGGCAUUUAAUCUAGGGAACACCCGAUCCAACAGCUGGACACAAAUAAUGGCAAGAUUUUGGAUAGCGCCGGACACGUUGUUUGUUUUCUGGGAGUAGAAGAAGAGGCCUGGGUCGAUGCUUGAAAACAAAAACGAGCCCAACACUGCAGCUCAAACAUUUCAUUCCCCCAGGCACGAGUUACAAUACGACAAAAAUACAACCGGUCAGUGACAGAACAAACUGACAAACAUCACAGACUAUAUCAAAAUUACCAACAUAAGGUAUGGAGCACACCGGGAUCGAAGAGGUGAACCAGACGCACCAGCAGCAGCAUGAGCCCAUCAGCUUCGGGAUCGACCAGAUCCUCAACAGCUCGGAUCAGCCCAGUGGCUGCAUGCUGCCCAACCGGACCGGCGACCCGGAUUACGCGCUGGCCUCCAACGUCUACAGCAACGGCUACAACAGCGUCUACAACCCGGCCUGCUCCAUGGCGGCGGCGGCGGGUCUGGCCGGUUCCUAUAACGUCAACAUGAACAUGAACGUCAGUAUGAACAUGAACGUUAACGUGAACUCGGGCGGCGCCGGCGGGGUGAUCCGGGUGCCGGCGCACAGACCCAUGCCGCCUCCGCCCGCCGCCGCUGCGCCGCACCCGCCCCCUUCUACGCAUCCGCCGGGCGUCGGACCCGGCAUCCCGUCGGUGCCCGGGAUGGGGAUGGGGAAUCCGGCGAACUUCACCUUCCCGUGGAUGGAGAGCAGUAGGAGGUUUGCCAAGGACAGAUUAACAGGGGAGCAGGCAGAGGAGAGCCGAGUCGGAGAGGCCACAGGGGGGCCGGGGCCCGCCGGGUCCCUCUGUCCUCUCCCCAAGGGAGACAUCGGCAGGGUCCCCGUCUGGAGCACUGUGGAGACAUUAGCUAAAUGCUAUUACCCCGAGCUCGCUCACCUGCGAGACGGCAAUGGCCUUCUAGCAGACUAUCCUUUUCCAAAGGGGGCUUGCCCAGCAGCCCUCUCACCUUUCUCUGUGACCCGUCGUAUUGGCCACCCAUAUCAGAACCGGACGCCACCCAAGAGGAAAAAGCCUCGCACAUCCUUCAGCCGGGUGCAGAUCUGCGAGCUGGAGAAGCGUUUCCAUAGGCAGAAGUACCUGGCGUCGGCUGAGCGUGCCACCUUGGCAAAAGCCCUGAAGAUGACAGAUGCACAAGUCAAGACCUGGUUUCAGAACAGACGGACAAAAUGGCGGAGACAGACUGCAGAGGAGAGAGAGGCCGAGAGGCAGCAGGCCAACCGGCUGAUGCUGCAGCUUCAGCAGGAAGCUUUCCAGAAGACGUUGAGCCAGCCGUUGCAGCCGGACCCGCUCUGCCUGCACAACUCCUCCCUCUACGCCCUGCAGAACCUGCAGCCCUGGGCAGAAGACAAUAAGCUGACAGUCUAAAAGAGAGGAGGGCACUUUAUCCGUAAGUGCCAGGAAACAAAUGGACACCUCUGUACAUGCCCAACCUUUCAGGACUGUCCCCCCUUUUGCCUCGGGAUCCCUCACGAGGCAGCAGAGACUCUGCCACUAAUGGCAAAAAAAAAGACCUCCUGUUUUUCGCUUUUGACUUUGUACAAUGUAGUAAAUGCAUGUUUCAACUCUUUUCUGUGUGCACUUGGAAGUACCAUUGAAGCCAGCUGCUGUCGAGGUGGACCGCAGUGUUCAAGUGGUAGUGAUGGAACUCUUGAUGAUGAAUUCCUCAUAAUGUUCAAUUUAAAAAGGUGUUUUAUAUUAAAUGAUAUUGUGAAUUUUUG